AUGCUGGAGAUCCAGCUGGACGAUGGCGGCGUUGGGGUGUACCCGGGGGACGAUUACUGCUCGGGCUCGGUGAUGUCGGAGCGGGUGUCAGGCCUGGCCAACAGCAUCUACCGCGAGUUCGAGCGGCUCAUCCGCUGCUACGACGAGGAGGUGGUGAAGGAGCUGAUGCCGCUGGUGGUGACGGUGCUGGAGAACCUGGACUCGGUGCUCACCGACAACCAGGAGCACGAGGUGGAGCUGGAGCUGCUGCGGGAGGACAACGAGCAGCUGCUCACGCAGUACGAGCGCGAGAAGGCGCUGCGCAAGCAGGCCGAGGAGAAGUUUAUAGAGUUUGAAGAUGCACUGGAACAGGAGAAGAAAGACCUGCAAAUCCAGGUUGAGCAUCUUGAAUUUCAGUCCCGGCAGCUGGAGCUGAAGGCCAAAAACUAUGCAGACCAGAUUUCACGGCUGGAGGAACGUGAAUCAGAAAUGAAGAAAGAGUACAAUGCCCUGCACCAACGCCACACAGAGAUGAUCCAGACCUACGUGGAACACAUUGAGCGGUCCAAGAUGCAGCAGGUUGGGGGAAAUAGUCAAACUGAGGGCAGUCUACCUGGGAGGAGCAGGAAGGAGCGUCCUAACUCUCUGAAUGUCUUCCCCCUUGCCGAUGGAAUGGUACGUGGGCAGAUAGGGGCCAAGAUCAUCCCCACAGUGGACCACUGGCACUUGAGUGACCUCGGCCAGCUGCAGUCCAACUCCAGCUACAAGUGCCCAAAUGAUGAAAUGUCUGAAUCUGGGCAGUCUUCUGCAGCUGCCACUCCAAGCACCACUGGGACAAAGUCCAACACACCAACCUCAUCUGUGCCCUCUGCUGCUGUCACACCCCUAAACGAGAGUCUGCAACCCAUCAGUGACUACAGUGGAACACCCAAGAACAAUAAGAGGGCACGGGAAAAGCGGAACAGCAGGAACAUGGAAGUGCAGGUCACCCAGGAGAUGAGGAAUGUCAGCAUAGGAAUGGGUAGCAGUGAUGAAUGGUCUGAUGUUCAGGAUAUCGUAGACUCUACGCCAGAGCUGGACAUGUGCCAGGACCCCCGACUGGAGCACACUGGAAACAGCCCAACACAGGGGAUUGUCAACAAAGCUUUUGGCAUCAACACAGACUCUCUGUAUCAUGAACUUUCCACAGCGGGGUCGGAGGUCAUCGGGGAUGUGGAUGAAGGAGCAGAUCUGCUAGGGGAGUUCUCAGUGCGGGAUGAUUUCUUUGGAAUGGGCAAAGAAGUGGGGAAUCUGCUGUUGGAGAACUCGCAACUUCUGGAGACCAAAAAUGCUUUGAAUGUUGUGAAGAAUGAUUUGAUUGCUAAGGUGGACCAGCUAUCUGGGGAGCAGGAGGUGCUGAAGGGAGAGCUUGAAGCAACAAAGCAGGCCAAAGCCAAGAUGGAGAACAGAGUCAAGGAACUGGAGGAGGAGCUUAAAAGAGUGAAAUCUGAAGUGAUCGUUGCCCGACGAGAACCCAAAGAAGAGGUGGAGGAUGUAAGCAGCUAUCUCUGUACAGAAUUGGACAACAUUCCCAUAGCCCAGCGCCGCCGCUUUACCCGUGUAGAGAUGGCCCGUGUCCUGAUGGAGCGCAACCAGUACAAAGAGAGGCUAAUGGAGCUACAGGAAGCUGUCAGGUGGACAGAGAUGAUCAGAGCUUCCCGGGAGCACCCAUCUGUCCAGGAGAAGAAGAAGUCCACCAUUUGGCAAUUCUUUAGUCGCCUGUUCAGCUCUUCCUCCAGUCCCCCGCCUGCGAAGAGGAACUACCCAUCAGUGAACAUCCACUAUAAGUCUCCAACAGCAGCUGGGUUCAGCCAACGCCGCAGUCAUACCAUGUGCCAGAUCUCUUCUGGCAGCCGCACCCUCGAAUUCUUCCCUGAAGAUGACUGUACGUCAUCCACACGUCGUGAACAGAAGCGCGAGCAGUACCGCCAGGUCCGAGAGCACGUGCGGAAUGAUGACGGUCGAUUACAGGCCUGUGGGUGGAGCCUUCCCGCCAAGUACAAGCAGCUGAGUCCCAAUGGUGGCCAGGAAGACACCCGCAUGAAAAAUGUCCCUGUGCCUGUGUACUGUCGCCCUCUAGUGGAGAAGGACCCCACCAUGAAGUUGUGGUGCGCAGCUGGAGUCAACCUGAUGGGGUGGAAGCCUUUGGAACAGGAUUCUGGGAGUGGACAGAAGUCAGAUCCUGGACGUGAUCCUCUCACCUGUGACCGGGAGGUGGAAGGAGAGAACACCAAGAGUAACCACACAUCUCCAGAAAAGAAAAAGGCAAAGGAGCUGCAUGAGAUGGAUGCCACAUCCAGCCGAGUCUGGAUCCUCACAAGUACCCUCUCUACAAGUAAAGUCGUGAUCAUUGAUGCCAACCAGCCUGGCACAGUGGUGGAUCAGUUUACUGUCUGUAAUGCCCACGUACUCUGCAUUUCCAGCAUCCCUGCGGCUAGUGACAGUGACUAUCCUCCAGGCGAGAUCUUUCUGGAGGGAGACGUGAAUCCAGAAGAGUCAUCUGGAACAGAUGGAGUCCUUGCAGGAAUCACUCUGGUGGGUUGUGCAACCCGGUGCAACGUGCCACGCAGUAACUGUUCUUCCCGUGGAGACACCCCCGUGCUGGAUAAGGGACAGAGUGAGGUGGCUGCAGUCAGCAAUGGGAAGAUCAAUCAGUCCCAGUCCACGGAGGAGGCAACAGAAGCUACAGAGGUACCAGAGAGUGGUGCAAUUGAAACAGAACCAGCUCAAGUCCGGCCUGGUCCACUUACAGAGCAUAUCUUUACAGAUCCAGCUCCAGCUCAGGCAUCUGGGCACCGGGGUCCGGGAGGGACACGGGGGCCUGAGACAGAGUCAAACACAAUGCUGCCAGAGCAGGAAGUGAACGGUGAUGCUGCUGGAACAGGCACCAGUGCCGCACCCACAAUGUGGCUUGGAGCACAGAAUGGCUGGCUGUAUGUGCACUCGGCCGUGUCCAACUGGAAGAAGUGUCUGCAUUCGAUAAAGCUGAAGGAUUCUGUGCUGAGCCUGGUGCAUGUGAAAGGACGGGUUCUUGUUGCCCUGGCAGAUGGAACACUAGCCAUAUUCCACCGAGGAGAAGAUGGUCAGUGGGAUCUCAGCAACUAUCACCUGAUGGACCUGGGUCACACCCACCAUUCCAUCCGCUGCAUGGCUGUUGUGUAUGAUAGAGUCUGGUGCGGCUAUAAGAACAAAGUCCAUGUCAUCCAGCCCAAGACAAUGCAGAUUGAGAAAUCCUUUGAUGCCCACCCACGCCGGGAGAGUCAGGUCCGGCAGCUGGCAUGGAUUGGAGAUGGGGUGUGGGUUUCCAUCCGCCUGGACUCCACACUGAGGCUGUAUCAUGCCCACACCCAUCAGCACCUCCAGGAUGUGGACAUAGAGCCGUAUGUCAGCAAGAUGCUAGGCACUGGAAAGCUGGGCUUCUCAUUUGUGCGAAUCACAGCCCUGCUUAUCGCCGGCAACCGCCUCUGGGUUGGGACAGGGAAUGGUGUCGUCAUCUCCAUCCCACUGACUGAGACCGUAGUCCUCCACCGAGGCCAACUCCUUGGGCUCCGGGCCAAUAAGACCUCCCCAACAUCAGGAGAGGGGAAUCGCCCUGGCGGAAUCAUUCACGUGUACGGUGAUGACAGCAGUGACAAAUCUGCCAGCAGUUUCAUCCCCUACUGCUCCAUGGCUCAGGCACAGCUCUGUUUCCAUGGCCACCGUGAUGCAGUCAAGUUCUUUGUCUCUGUUCCUGGUAACGUUCUCGCAACCCUGAAUGGGAGCGUGUUGGACAGCCCCUCUGAGAACCCCAGCACAGCAGCCACUGAGACCGAGGGGCAAAAGCUGAAGAAUGUCCUGGUGCUGAGUGGAGGAGAAGGGUACAUCGAUUUCCGGAUUGGGGAUGGAGAAGAUGAUGAGACAGAGGAGAAUGCUGAAGAUACCACCCAAGUGAAGCCAGUGCUUUCCAAGGCUGAGAGGAGCCAUAUUAUCGUCUGGCAAGUCUCAUACAUCCCUGAGUGA